CUACAGUACAGGACGACUUUGGAUGCCCUCAUCGCGCAAGAUCGAGUAAACCACGACCAGCCACCACAUGAAGUCCAUCAUAUCGCGAUCCAUUCGAUUCAGACGCCCCAGCCCUUCCUCCAUGUGAGGUUUCGCCGCCCGCGUCGCGAUCUACAAGGACCCCUCCACCAAAAACACCGAUCAUCGUCGUGGCUCCCCUUCACCUUCUCCCCAGCCGUGGCAGUCCCCUCGAUCGCUGGCGAGGAGGAUACCGGGGCAUGAAUACCACGACAGCCUACACGCCACUCGAGUGCCUCCUUCUAUUCCAAUCGCUCGUCGCAUACGGCACAGAAGAGAAAUCGUUCGUGCGGAUUUCCUCCCUCCUGACGAACAAUUCAUUGGUCAAGGAUGGAGAGACCUACGAUGCGGCCAGAUUGAGUUCCGACGCGCUGCGGGAGUUGUAUCUGCAGCUCCUGCGCGAAGAGUUGAAGAGUGAGGAGGAUGGACCCGAGGAUGGUGCCCAACCGCAAUCGAAAAAGCGCAAGAUUCAAAGCCCGGUACUGCCAACCAUCAAGGAUGCCCAGGAGCACAAGGAGAAGCUGCCAAUGCUGGUCGAGAGACUGUACGCGCGAUAUAGGGAUUAUAUGGUACGGGAAAUUCGAGAGGACGAGAGGCAGUAUGCACAGAUUCAGAGGGAUAUUAUGGAGAUCGAGAGGGGAGAAUGGGACGAGCGGAUCUUGGAGGAAGAAAAGGCGCUGGUGAAGAAGAAAGGAAAUGCUUCGCCGGAAAUCUCUCGCCCAAAGAUAAAUGGCACAAGUCCUGUUGUUCCAGCUCAAGAGAAGCUGCCCGAAGCUGUACCUGCAACAGCACCGGCGACAGUACCAGCAAAUGCACCGGCAAUAGCACCAGCAAAUACGCCAGCUGUUGCACCAGCAAUCCAAGAGCCGACUGUUCCUAAGAAAGCUUCGCCCACUCCAGUUGUACCCUCUCAACCUGAGUCGAAACCGGAUGGUUUGGCAAUAAACCAAGUGCUAAAUAGUCACGGGAAGCUUUCAGCUCCAUCUUCGCCCAAGGCGGGUCAAACUGUCCCUAAUGGCUCACGGAGCAUCCCUCCUCCCAAUCAGCAAAAAACGAGCACCAAUGGACCACGUGGACCUUCUCCCCUUCAAUCUACUCCCCAGCAACCUGGAAUUGCCUACAAAUGGGAACCGCCGUAUCAAGCAGCACCACCUCACCAACCGCCGCCCUACCAAGCACCGUCUGGCUCUCCAUAUCAACCUCAAUUCAAUGGACCGCCAUAUCCUCAACAGUUUGUGCCUCCACCACGAGGAACAUUUCCAAGUCCACAGGGACUACCUCCUCCCCAUCCGCAUUUACCCUCAACGCCUAUGAAUGCGCAACACCAACAUGCCAUUCUUUUACCACCGCCAAACGCUGUCAGGAGAUCACCAGGGUCACCUGGGAUGCCUCUGGAUGCUUUGGCAGAUCUUGCUGGUCAGCAAUAUCGUCCGCCGUCUGGGUCUCCCAUGAUGCAACAAGGUCCAAUUCCUCCUGCAGGUUAUGCUCCGCCUUAUCCUCCACCGCCAAGGACUCCAGGGAAUGGACCACCGCAAUGGAAUCAACCAUACAUCCCACCUUACCAGGGGCCACAACACCAGGGGCCACCACACCAGGGGCCACCACAACAGUAUAUUCCUCCGCCUCAAAAUCAGAGACCCCCUUUCCCCCCUCAACAGGGUCUUAUUCCCACGGAGAACAGACAAUAUAAUUCUCCUUAUAAUGCAAACCAGGUUCCGCGACCGCCAGUAUUGGCUUCUCAGAACAACCCUCCAAGACCGGUGCCCAGUCUUCCGAGCACGCCUCAGACAAUGCCUCGAUUCACGACUGGGAGCGGUACGCGGUGGACUCCAAAUAUCAGCGGGGCAACACCUAGACCAUACACGCUGGCUCAGCCGCCCCCUGUUGAACCCAUCAGCCCGAUUCUUCGAGCGGCAAAGCCUCCUGCGGUUACGAAACCGGUCAAAAAGCCGCCUCAGAAGCCCGAAGUGCCAAAACCCAAGCCGACACCGAAGCAAGCACCUCAGCCUGCGCGGGCACGGAGCCGAGCAAGAAGUCGGGCGAGAAGUACGGCGUCUCCAGCCGUUACCGAGUCUCGCAGAAGCGUGUCUCUCAUGUCACGUGCUGACGAUGUCCAAGCCGACGAAUUAUCGAUGGAUAGUCACGUAAAGGAAGAAGUCGAUACACCCCUCCCUCUGGGCACAGAAGAAGAAACGGGCGAUACCACGGCCGACGAGGCAUCUCUCCCACCCACCAAACCAUUCCCCCGGCCUCACCAGCCCGUACAAUCGCCCACACGCCUGAAACGCAAACGCAAUGGCAGCAUUGGCGAGUCUCCUCACGAGCCCACCGGACCACCAACACAUGUUCUCUGGACGCGCAACUUCCCCAAGAUCUCCACCAGCGCUAUGGAGAGUAUCUCGGGCCACCGCAACGCGUCCACCUUCGCUGCACCGGUCAAAGAACGUGACGCCCCUGGCUACACACACCUCAUUCUCCGGCCGCAAGACCUGAAAUCCAUCAAGUCAGCCAUCCUAGCUGGUCAUCGCGCAGCGACGGAGAAAGAAAAGUCGAUGGGCGACGGGGUCAAAUCCGAGAGCUCGGUCUGGCUCCCGAUAUCCGAGGAUCUGGUCCCACCCAAGGGGAUCAUCAACAGCUCGCAGCUAGAGAAGGAACUCAUGCGCAUGUUCGCCAACGCGAUCAUGUUCAACGCGGACCCGGACCGCGGCUUCGGCGGGCGGUUCGGCGGGGGCCGCAAGGGCAAGAAGGGCGGCGAGGGCUACGAGAUCGACGAGGAUAGCGUGGUGAAGGAUACGCGGGCCAUGUUCCUGGACAUCGAGAAGAUCAUGGCGGGGCUGCGAAGCACGGAGAAUUCGGGCGGCAUGGGCGCCCCGGGGUUCGCGCGCGGGAGCAGUGUGGGACGGGCGGGGAGUCUGAGAGGGAGCAGUGUGGUUGCGACGGAGGCGGAGGCGGAAGACGACGAGGUUGAUGAGCUGGCUGGGGAUGGUGGGGAGGGCGUUGCGAGUGUGGCGAAGAGACGGAGGAAGGGUUGAUGGCGUAUG